AUUGAAUAAAAUCUUUUAUACUUACAUAACCUUACAUGUAUGUACAAUACCAUUUGAGUACACUGAGUACAGAAACAGAGGAGUACCUCCAUAGAUUAUUCCCACCGAAUAUAGCUAAGCUGCUACUCCAGUAGCUAACAGUACUUUUUUAGAGACAGAUCAUGUUUAUAAACAUUUCAGUAUGGUUCCCAAAAACUUAUGGCUAAAAUAGAAUACAGCAAACCGUCGGUGGUGGAACAAAAGAAUAUUGCAUCUCUUACCCUAUAGUCACGUCACUCUGCUUAAAUUGUCAUUCCACAACUUAUUCAUUCUAUUCCAAAAUAAAAAAUUCAAACUCGCUUUUUCCCAAAAUUAACAGCAGUAGCAACAACCAUAGCAAAUUAAUAAUAUUGUGAUAAUCCUAGUGGAUUUAGAAGGAUCAUGCAACAUUCCCGCAUACUCCAGAGUCACGGAUUAAAUGCUGUGGCUCCCAUUCUCAGUCCCUGUCAUAUCACUCACUCUCUAAUUUAUUUAUUUCACCAAAAUAUAUAUCUAUUAUUAAUUUACUAUCCACUGUAUAUUAUGCAUUUUAUAGCUAAAAUUGUAAAAUAUAAAAGCUCCUAACGCAACACUGCACUGCGCUAUGCAACACCUUUUGUUAUUCUCACAAGCAAGAAGAACAUUGGACAGUGUUUGGUUGCUGAGAAAUUUAAAACAAAAAAUGGAAUUCUCUUACCGCAGAUUGCUGCUGCAGAACGAGGACGUUCCAAUCUCCACGUCCAUGCCUCCUCUUCCUCACGCCAAACACGCCACAAACGCUUCCUCGCCGCAAGUGUCCUUAGGAAGCCCUCUGGAAGUGUCCAUUCGUCCGGUGUUCACUUCGAGCGUUGCCUACGUCUUCCUCAUCCUCUUCACCACCUUCUUCUUCAUCGGAUUCGUGUUUCUCUACUUCCAACAGCACGCCUCCUCGUCGGACUCCGAGUCCGGCGCCAUCCGCCGGCGAGCACAGUCGGAGUCCGUGGCGGAGAAGUCUCUGGCGGUGGUGGCGGAUGCGGCGAGGCAGGGGGAUUGCGCGAUAUGUCUGGAGGAGGUGGGAGAGGGAGAGGCGGUGAAGAUGAUUGCGUACUGUAAACACGUGUUCCACGCGGAUUGCAUUGACAGGUGGCUGGAGAAGCAGGUGACAUGCCCCGUGUGCCGGUGCUGCUGCGAGAGGUGUGGAGAGGUGGAGUCGGUGACGGUGAGAGGAGACGAAGGAGGAGAUGGAGAAGUGGUUUCCGUAAGAAGCUUGGAUUAGGCGUGUUGCGCGUUGCGUGUGUUAGAGGGCAUUGGGUUAUUCAUAUUAACUAUGCUUCAACCACUUUCCCUUUCUCUCAUUCUCAUCAUUCCCACUAUUUUCUCUCUGUUCAACAACUUAAUAACAUUUCCUUCUUCUUUUUUCAAUUUUUUUAAUUUUCUAUUUUUGGUUCAAGGUGUGAUUUUAUGUAUGUAAUUCAAUCUCCAGGAACUAAUUUUUUUAAAGAAAAAAAAACUGUAUAUUAAAUUAUUUUUUCUCAAUGUAUUAUUUACCGUAUUUACUUUA